UAAUAUUGAGAUACAACUUGAACUAGUUUGCUGCCAGAUAAACAAACGAAGCUGAGAAACAGACUUGUUAUAACAGCAAUGCUCCGUCCUUUAAUAAAUAACGUCUAUGAAUAAGGGGGUUAAUCUUUUUUUAAUCUUUAUUAAAAGUGUUUUGUCGUAUGUUUACAACUGUUCCAUACGAUUUGAUUAGUGCCUUCACUUCAAAGGUUACAUGUGAUAAUAGAGGAAGCCACAUAAACAUGUAAACACACAUUAUAUGGAUACUAAGAUUUAGAGCUAUCAACUAAUUUAUCUCUGUUAUCGGUCAAAGGGCAUGGCUAUCUAAUAGUGAUAACUAUAUUCUUCGUAUUCAAACCAUGACAGUGAAAAGGGAUCAUAGUAUCAUCAUAGCCGGUUGUCACUAUUGUUACAGAUAAGUAUGUAAUCUACUGUUAUAUUAUAAACUAUACUUAGGGGAAAGCCGGGCAAAGUGAAUACCCCAGGCAAAGCGAAUAGUCCCCACUACUUCUAAAUUAUUCGUUCGACGCUCAUCACUCCACCGUAGUGGCGUUCCGCCAUCUUGGUUUAGUGCGCGGCAAAUACUUGAGCAGGAGGCACCGUCGCGUGGCACCCGCAGAGGGGAGAUUUGUGUUUUCGUGAAAAAAGAUUGAUUUUACAAGAUGGUUAAUAAAUAUAAAAAAAAACUAAACAAGGGUCGUGGGAUGAGAAUGUCAUGAAAACGGCUAUCAAUUUGUGCAAAGCUGGGGAAUCCAUAAAGAGCACAGCUAAAAAGUAUGGGUUGGCCUAUGCAACCUUGUACAGACACGUCAAAACCGGCAUCACUACUCCAAAAUUGGGUCGAUUUCGUCCUGUUUUUAAUGAAGAUCAGGAGAUGGAGUUAUUGACAUAUCUGAAGGAUAUGGAUGUUGUAUUUUUUGGCCUAACUCGAGACGAGUUCAAAAAUUUGGCAUUCAUAUACGCUAAAAAAAAUAAUUUGAAGUAUCCGAAAAACUGGGACAAGUACGAAAAAGCAGGAGAUGACUGGUUAUCGUCAUUUUUGUCUCGCCAUAAUCAAAUUUCCCUGAGGACUCCAGAAGCAACAUCGGUUGCAAGGGCUAAAGGAUUUAACAGACGUGAAGUUGGACGUUUUUAUGAAAACCUUGAAGCUUUGACUGCAAAACAUGACAUUGAUGCAUCUAGAUUGUACAACAUGGAUGAGACAGGUAUAUCGACAACCACCAAUAAGCCACCUAAAGUGCUAUCAACGAAAGGAAAGAAACAAGUUGGCAUAAUUGCCAGUGCAGAACGUGGUCAAUUAACUACGGUCAUCGGUUGCUGUAAUGCCGCUGGUUCGUUUCUCCCACCAUUCUUAAUUUUUGCCAGGAAGAAGAUGCAACCUAGACUACUUGAUGGUGCGCCACCUGGCACUCAAGGAACCUGUACUCCAAAUGGUUGGACUUCAGGAGAGGUAUUUCUUGAUUGGAUGCGUUUCUUCGUGGAACAUGUUCGGCCUACACCUGAGAAAAAGAUACUUCUACUAUUGGACAACCAUGAGAGCCAUAAGUAUUAUCCAGCUUUGGAUUACGCUAGCAAGAACAACAUCGUAAUCUUAUCCUUGGCUCCACAUACAACGCAUAAGAUGCAGCCCAUGGAUGUAGCCGUUUACGGCCCAUUAAAAACAUAUUUUGAAAGGGAGGUAAAUGCUUUCCAAAAAUCUCACCCUGGACGCAUUAUAAAUCAAUACGAUGUGGCCAGACUGCUAUCACCGGCUUUUCUGAAAUGUGCAGUAGCUAUAAAUGCCGUUCAUGGUUUUAAAAAACCUGGUAUUUGGCCAGUGAAUAAAUAUGCUUUUGGUGACGAAGAUUUCGAACCAGCCGAUGUGAUUGCAGGCACAUCUAACAUGAAUAUUGGCACAGAAGGUACAAGCUCACCAGAAAGGAUUGAUAUUCCAGGAUCUCUUGCAGAAACUUCUUCAACCCCUUUACCUUCACUUUUUCAAGAAUUUGUUCCACCAAAUCCAGUGGAUCCUCUAGUAGAAAUAAUUUCACCUCCAAACAGAGCUACCCCUUCUGAGCUUGAAGCCCUUGUUGCGCCAAUUACAGACUCUUUUAAAACACCUGAAAAGAUUACUAGCGAGGUUGGAUGUACACCUCCACCUGAACCAGAACCUGGAUGUGCCCUAAUUGUCUCCGCUGUUGAGCCCGAUGUAGCUAUAAAUGCUCAGAAAAUUGACACGACCGAGAUGACCGAGACCGAAGAAAAUUCUCAACGAAAUACAAGCCGUGAUAAAUCACCAGAUCCGGAACCUGGAUGUUCAACCUCCCACUAUAGUCCUUUGCUUUUGAGACCUAUACCAAACCCUGCCAAACCAAUGACCACUCGUAAACGGAAACUACAAAAAUCUGAAAUAUUAACGAGUACGCCGAUCAAGGAAGACCAAAAGCAGAAAUUUGAGAAAAAUAAAGUUAAGAAGGUUAAUAAAGGACUGAAUGAUAAAUCAAUAAAAGUUCCUUUUAAGACUGUUCCUAAGAAAACCAAGACUGACAAGAAUAAGAAAAAAGCUAAACAGCCAAAGAAAAUUAAAGAAUUUAAGGAUAUUUUAUGCUUUUUUUGCGGCGAAAUUUACAUUGAAGAAGAUGAUAAUCCUAUUGAAGAUUGGAUUCGAUGUGAUAUUUGUCAACAAUGGUGUCACGAAGAAUGUUCCGCAUUCGAUGGCACGGAAGGGUAUAUUUGUGAUAACUGCCAAUCUUAAUUUUCUAAUUAUUUAAGUUCAAGUUAUGUUUUUUUUUCAGUUUAUUAAGUUUGUUACUCUCGUUUCCAGAGUUAUUAACAUGAGUAUUCACUUUUCCCGAGUACUGUAUCCGCUUUACCCAGGGGUCCGGGCAAAGCGAAUACUUUCGUACUUUUUUGAAUUUUAUUUCCAGUUAAUAUUUGUUUAAUUAUUUAAGUUAAUUGAUGACAGUAUUUGUAAGAGCAAUUAAUAAAGACUGAUUAGUACUAGUUAUUUUGUUUUUAUACCUUAUACCUUUUCUGCUAUAACCUUAAAUAUCUUAAGGUAUCCACUUUGCCCGGCCUUCCCCUAUAUUACAAAAAAUGUAGUAAAAAUAAAAAGGAAAUGUUUGUGAGUUUGUAGAUUCGUAGAAGCUAAUCUCUGGAAAUACUGAACAUCAUAUUUUU